GCCGAGAACGUGCAUGCCCCACGUGACCCGCUCAGGGCCAACAGGAAGCAGGAAAGCACUGGGCGCGAAGCGCGUUCACGCGAGCAGUUGCUGCAGGCGGGAGAGGCGAGCGAGGAGGGAAGCGGGGCUCAGAGCAGAGCGCGUGCAGACUCGCUCCCCGAGAGGUCUCUGCCUGACGCGUCGCCAUGUCCGAGGAGAAACCUAAGGAAGGAGUAAAAACAGAAAACGACCAUAUCAAUUUAAAAGUUGCUGGUCAAGAUGGAUCUGUGGUCCAGUUUAAAAUAAAACGCCACACGCCAUUAAGUAAAUUAAUGAAAGCUUAUUGUGAGAGACAGGGUUUGUCAAUGAGACAGAUUAGAUUCAGAUUUGAUGGGCAACCAAUUAAUGAAACAGAUACACCUGCACAGUUGGAAAUGGAAGAUGAAGAUACUAUUGAUGUGUUUCAACAGCAAACUGGUGGCAUAUGCUAAGUGUCCUUUUCAUUUCGGAAGAGGAAUACAACAUGUCACCCACUUCAUCAUCUGUCCUUGGAUUUGCUAUUAAAUAGUAAACAAACGAACAUGCCGAUCAUACAGGAAUCUUCUCAUGUUCUGAGGACACUUAUCCAAAUCCUUUUCCUGUCCCUGAUAUUCUGCGUGUGCAAGUUGAAGCUAUAUCUAUGGAAAAUAACUUCAUAAAAAUGGGCCCAGUAAAAAAUUAAAUUUUCAAAUAAGUAAUUAUUGGUUGUUUACUGUCAUCUUGUUCUUCUAAAUGGUGACCUAAAUACCAACCUACUGUACAAUGAACAUACUUAGUGCUGCCUUUAGUUGUUACUGUUUUAUCACUUAAUUAUGACACUGUAAAUAUUGAAAUACUUUUUCUUUGUGAUAGGAUUUUUUUCUCAAAAGAUGUUUGAGACAGAAAAGAAUUUUAUCAUAAACAAUUAUUACUCAAAACUGUUAAUGGGGGAUAUAUGAAAAGAACAAUACUUGCAGAAUGCUGAUUAUAGUGGCAGUUAAAGGUAAUGCAAAUGUACAUGUGCUUUUUCAUAAUAAAAUAGUAUAGAAUCAAUUUUUAAAGUAAUGGAAAGUUACUGAGUUUGUCAGCAAUUACACUAUUUGCAUAAAUAAUAUUCCACAUUUACUAUAAAUUUCACAUAUCCAGGGUCGAGUACCAGAGUAUUUGAUAAUUUUUACAUUGAUUGAUCGGGAUGUUUUAAGAAGCUCUCCUGUGCAAUUCUUGUUAAUUGUGCAACUCACCCAAAGCAUUUCUUCAAUGAUUUAUUGGACAAUAAAAGAUACAUACCAUUUUUUGUUAAAAGUUGACCUUAUAGGCUCAUUGCUUUAUAGCCUGAUCUGGGAUUCAAACAGCUGGGUAUUGUAUUCUGCCUAUCCAUUAGGAUCUUAUGCUUCCUUUGUUGCAACCACUACCUGGGAAACCCAGUGGAGCAGAAUG